AUGCCCCUCUCCGAUGAGAUAAAGGCCAAAGACGCCCUGAUCAAGAAACAGCGUGACGUCAUCGCCAAAUACCUCAUCCUCGACAUCGAAGACUUUCUCGCUGAAGCCCGCGAAAAGGAAGAGGCGGAGGCUGCGGAAGCGUACGAACUUGCGCUGGCAGAGGAAAAGGCCAGGGGCAGAUGGGUAAAAUGGAAGAAGAUCUACAGACUACAAUACGACGGCGUCUCAGUUCGGAGCAUCAUCUACUACAACUUCCGUAGCCUUUGGGAGUCCUGGGGCACCAAUCCGUACCAUCUGCACGCCGCCUGGUACGCCAUCAUGCUGACCUUGCUGCUACUUUGGCUCAUCGGAAGCAUCGUCUGCGGAUACUACGAAGCGGAGAAGGAGACGGGCAGCGUGCGGAUGGCCAAGCUGUGCAGGGGCAUUCUGGGCUCUAUUCCGCCAAUUGUGCAGUUCAUCCUCUUCUUGUUUCCGCCGCUGUUUGUUCAAUUCUGAUGAGACAUGGACUGAUGCGGGAUGGCAGUGUCGACUGCGACCCAUGGGGCGAAAGUGCAUUCCCAUCGCGUGCGUAAUCUCAAGCUAGAUCAGAAGAGUACAACGAAGGUUGGUGGGAGAAUGAAGCGCUGUUUAAUGGUGUAUAACUUUAGGAGCAUGAAUGUACGAUGCAAGAUCGAGCAAAAUGCGUAUUACCGUACCAGAAACGAUGUGUCAGUUUGUUUGCUAAGCACGCGCACGUCUCAGGCAUCAGCGACAAAUCAUUCGAC